CCAUUCGAUUCUUCCUCUUCUCCGAAAAGUACCUACCUCUAACAAAAACAGCCUCUCGCCAAAUAUUCAUCGCAGUUGACGGAGUGUAAUUUACCGAACCACACACACGUUUGUGGGCUUAGUGGCAGCUUCGAAUCGAGCGAAACAAGGAAUGGCCGAUACGCAACAGGACCAGGACAUGAACCAGCAGGAUAUGGACAGCAACGGAAACCCAGGCCGGGACGAUGACAGGAAACUGUUCGUCGGUGGACUGAGCAAGGAAACCACCGAGCAGGACCUGCGGAACCACUUCGGCCAGUACGGUGAGAUCGAAAGUGUGAACGUCAAGACCGAUCCCCAGACGGGCCGCUCACGAGGUUUUGCGUUCAUCAUCUUCAACAGUCCUGAGUCUAUCGACAAGGUCGUGGCAUUCGAAGACCAUACCGUCAACGGCAAGAAGGUUGAUCCGAAAAAGGCGAAAGCCAGACAGGGAAAGAUCUUUGUCGGCGGCUUGAGUCCGGAAACCAGUGACGAGGAAGUGAAAACGUUCUUCGAACAGUUUGGAAACGUAGUGGAGAUGGAGAUGCCCUUCGAUAAGAUGAAGAACCAACGGAAGGGCUUCUGCUUCAUUACGUACGACUCGGAAGCAGUGGUAACGGAACUCUUGAAGACGCCUAAGCAGACCGUGGGAGGCAAGGAAGUCGACGUGAAGCGAGCAACACCCAAGCCGGAAGGAAUGCAGAUGGGUGGCCGUGGAUCGAUGCGAGGAUCGCCGCGUGGCAUGCGUGGCGGUCGAGGCGGAUUCGGCGGAAUGAGAACCUACGGACAAGGCUGGGGCGGCGGACAAGGAUUCGGCGGGGGAUACAACCAAGGCGGUUUCGGAGGAGGAUUCGGCGGUGGAUACGGAGGAGGCAGCGGCAGUGGCGGCGGCUGGGGCUACGAUAACUACGAUUAUUCCGGUUACGGUGGCGGCGGCUUCCAGGGCGGCAAACAACGAGGCGGCGGCGGAAACCGGCAGUACCAGAGGCCGUACUGAAUCCCAACAGAGUGAAACUGUCUAAUCCAUAUUUCCUUAUUUGAGCGGAAUAAAGAAUAUAAUAAACAGAAAAUCUAAUAUAAUUGGUAGGAUGUUAAUGUAGCGAAUAAAUUCAUAGCCCGAAAA